GGUUUCAGUCGUUUCAGAGCCUCUGUGUCAGUGGCCUGUGGCAAAGUGUCAAAUUUAAACGGAAAUUGCGAUUUUUGUAAUGCCCAAAUAUGUGUUUAUAAUUCGUUAUUAAUGCUUUUACUUUCAUACGCUUACCACACAAAGUAAAAUAUUAAAUAAACGCAAAGUAUUGUGUAAAAAUUAGAAGCACCCUGUUUGGUUUAUAUUUGCUUACGAUUCGAGUACCGAACACGUUAGAAGGUUAAUAAAUUUUACCCUCUAAACAUAGAAUAAAAUGGCAUACGUGAUAGAAGAUGAAUGGCAAGAAGAGCCGGUGACUUUGCAGAUGCCUGCUCCACAAAAUCCGCGCACUCAGCACUACAGAUCUCGUGGAACUAGAGGUAGAUAUCAACAAAAUGAUUUUAACAGAACUCGAGAAAUCAAUCGCGAUGGUUCAAAUGCUUAUGGUCAUCAAUCUCAACAUUCACGUCCUCAAAACAGACGCGGGACACGUGGUAGACAACGGGAAAGGUCAAAUUGGAGACAAUCAGAGGAAAAUUGUAAUGAAGCAUCUGGUAGUCAGGCAGCAUCAGCAUCAGAAAAUGGGACAAAAUCAAAAACAUUUACAAUGAUAAAUGAACAUGGGGUUGAAGUUUUAGAUUGGAAUAAACUGAAUGCUUCUUAUGACCAGGCACAAAAAGAGAAAUGGGCUAAAUUGCCAGCUAUUGUCAAGAAUUUUUACAAAGAAGACCCAGAAGUUGCUAAUAUGUCACCGAAACAAGUUGCAAAAUGGCGACACGCUAAUUUUGAUAUUCAAGUGAAGAGAACUUUUGAAGAUAGGACCGAUUUGAAACCCAUUCCUAACCCAGUAUUAACAUUUGAACAUGCUUUUAAGGACUACCCAGAGAUUUUAGCUGAAAUAUAUAAACAAGGCUUCAAAAAACCUUCACCAAUCCAAAGUCAGGCAUGGCCAAUACUUUUAAGAGGAGAUGAUAUGAUAGGAAUUGCUCAAACCGGUACUGGAAAAACACUAGCUUUCUUGUUACCAGCUUUGAUUCAUAUCGAAAAUCAGGUUGUACCGAGAGAAGAGAGAGAAGGCCCUACGGUGCUUGUUUUAGCACCAACAAGAGAGCUGGCCCUACAAAUACAUAAAGAAGUAUCUAAGUACCAUUACAAAAAUGUGAAAUCUGUAUGUGUAUAUGGUGGAGGAGACCGUAGAGAACAAAUAAAGGUUGUGUCUAAGGGUGUGGAUAUAGUGAUAGCUACUCCUGGUCGACUCAAUGAUUUAAUUCUGGCAGGUCAUUUAAAUAUUAUCAAUUUUUCUUACAUUGUUUUAGAUGAAGCUGAUAGAAUGUUAGAUAUGGGUUUUGAGCCUCAGAUACGUAAGUCGUUGUUUGAUGUGCGACCGGAUCGCCAAACCGUGAUGACGUCAGCAACAUGGCCGCCUGGUGUGAGACGUCUCGCUGAAUCUUACAUGAAUGAUCCCAUACAAGUCAAUGUAGGAUCAUUAGAUCUUGCUGCGGUCCAUACUGUCACUCAGAAGAUAAUGUUUGUCGAAGAUGAAGAUAAAGAAAGUAUUUUAAUGACAUUCAUCUCUAAUAUGGCUCCAAAUGAAAAGGUUAUUGUAUUUUGUGGCAAAAAAGCUACAGCAUCUCAUAUUAGCACGGAAUUAAGUGUAAAGGGUAUAGAAUGUCAGUCUUUACAUGGUGAUCGAGAUCAAAGUGACAGGGAAGCGGCAUUAGAGGAAAUGGAGGAUGGUUCUGUUAAUAUUUUAAUAGCCACUGACGUUGCGUCCAGAGGUAUUGAUAUACAAGACUUGACACAUGUUAUAAACUUCGAUUUUCCUCGACAUAUUGAAGAUUAUGUGCACCGUGUUGGUAGGACUGGUAGAGCAGGAAAAGUUGGUACAUCUAUAACAUUUGUAACAAGAAGUGAUUGGUCACAUGCUAAAGAACUUAUCAAAAUAUUGGAGGAAGCAAAUCAAGAAGUGCCUGAUGAAUUGGAAAUGAUGGCAAAACGAUUUGACGCUAUGAAGUUACGUAGAGCCGGUGAGGACCGUGGAGGACGUGGCCACAGAGGCUCACGUGGCAGAGGAUCUUAUGGUCAUAGAGAUUCAUACAAUAGAUAUUAAUUACUCUCUAAUUGUGCAUGGAUAUACUAUAUGCAGCUUAUUUCAAGUAUUUUUAAACAUGAUUAAAAAUUAAUACUGUAGAGUAAUGUUUCAAAGAUCAAUAGUCUGUUUAAUUAUUUCUAGAUAAUAAAAAAACAAUUUCCUGCUUUACAUUAUAAGUAAAAAAUGUCAAAUUUAGUUUAAACAUUUUAUACUACAUUUUAGUCUACAAACAAAUGUGUAAAAUCAAUUCCCACCGCGAUUAUCUCAAAUGAUGUCUGUGAUUGUUAUUGGUACAGUCAGCUUCAUAAAAAUGUAUUUAUUUACGAAGCUAAAUUUGUUAUACACCCCGAAUUUCGAUUUUCUUUUCUUUAUUCAUUUGUUCUUUUAUUCCAGAACUUUCUCGAUAGUCCGAUUUACAUACAUUUCAUAAUGGAACAUUCUCGAUGCCGUUUCGAAUAUUCCAGACAUCUUUUCGCGAACCUCAUUUUUGCUGCUGCGACCGAACAUACUAGAAACAGCUUGAUUAUUUGGAUAUGAAUUCCGCUACUCAUCAAUAGAUGACUUCGCGAUAUUAUUGAUGGAUAAGUAAAUAUACAGGUUUUUAAAGUUAUGUAAAUGUAUACAUGUUUAAACAGCUGACUGUACUUCAGUUAUAAAGUAUUACUAGAUUUGAAUCUUUAGGUUUUUAGUGUUAUAAGUUCUUUUAAAGAUUUUCUUACUAUUUCUAGAAUAAGGUCAUUUGACCAUUGUUAUGUUAAGUGUUUAUUUUGUGACUGGGUUCAUACUAGUUUUAUUACAUGCAAGAUAGAUAGAAACGUUUUAUGGUAGGAUUUUUCAGCAGUGCCAAUUUACUUAAGAUAUCAAACAUAUCUUAUAUAAGUUGUGUAACAUUCCUAGCAAAUGUAUGAUUCUAAAAAAUAGGACUAUUGGAAUAGUGUAUUUUGCUUCAGUUGUACUGUCUGUGGUAACCCAUGAUGACUUAAAUUAUCUAAAUAAAACAUUAAUUUCCAUUAUACUUAACUUUAAGAAUUCAUGUUACUUUGAAGCGUAUAGUAGUGGUAUUAUUAUUGUUUUAAGUGAUUAUUUUUGGUUUCAAGUUGUCAGGAACGCUGACAAAAUAUUUAUCGGAAUUUUGUUGAUAUCUUGAAGAUGUUACCCGUAUUGUUCUUAAGUGCCUCAUAUGACGUGUUUUUCAUACUUUCACUUUAUAAAAAAUGUAAACAAA